AGACGUCCGCACAAACAAACCACCACAAUCGGAAAACGGUCUCUGAGUUUUGGGGUAUGGGGCCACAGUCCAAGACCCACUCACAGGAACACAGGAAAUGACAUUUCCUACGUUUUUCAGGACACUCUGGGAAAGACAGAGAGAGGUUCGGGAGCCAGUCAGAGGGAGAGUGAGGGAGAGAAGAAAAGAGGAGAAAGAGGAGUAGAACUGUGGAAAAUGUACUUCUCUAUAGUGGUCCUUGUCCUGACUAAGGCUCUCAUAGCAGAGGUAUGUCACGCCCUGAACGUGACAGUUACCCCAGGGCCUGUUGUCAUUGUAGCAGAGAAAGAAAACCUGACACUGUCCUGUCUAGUGUCCCAAAGGAAGAGGAGCAACAGCGUCCUCAUUCUUCGCUGGUUCUUCUCUCCUCUCACUACUCCAACAAUAGUGCCUCCCUCCACUGUUCCACCCACUUCCCCUCCUGGACCCUCUCAGUUUCUGAUUGUGAAGAUGGGCAUUAAGAAAAGGAAGCUGUACGGGAACUACACCCGACGUUUUCCCCAGCCAAAGUUUCGUUUGAGUGAUCAAGGAGGUGGGGAGGUGUACCAGCUGUUAAUCUUUAGUGUAACAGGGAUGGAUCAAGGCUUUUACAGCUGUAGAGUCCAGGAGAUAAGAAGAUACAGAAACACGUGGAGAAUAUCCUCCAAUGGAUCCAGUACCAUACAGCUGACAGUGCACUUUACCCCCGAAGAUGGUAGCAGUGAAGGAGUUUGGAUUUUAUUUGCAGAUGUGUAUUUGUGUGCUGUUCUGAUCUGCUCAUUGGGCCUACUGUCCAUCUUCUUUUUCACGCUGGUUCUCACCUGCCAGUACUUCUAUAGAAGACAGAGACUUAAAGCCAGUUACCUUCUUGUCAAAUGUCCAGAGAGCAGCUCAGGAGAGACUGUAACCAGCUCCAGCAGUUGUUCCAGUUCAUCGCCAAGAGCACCCAGGAAAGACACAGUCCAUAUAACUGACAAACGACGAGUACUGGUGCCACCAAAACCGCCCCAAGAGGCUUUGCUCCCCAUGCCAGUCAAAGUGCCUGUCGCUGCAAAGAGACCUCAGAAACCCAGAAGGUCCAAGGCACGGAGAUCUGCCCCCCCUCGAGCGAUACAAGAAGAGAGCCUGACAUACGCAGAGCUGGAGCUGGUCAGGCCCCGGCAGGAGCCCCCAGUCCCCUGCAGCCCUGACCCCGCACCGUCCAGCCCCGACACCGUGUACGCUCAGAUCCUCUUCCAGGAGAAACAGCUG